AUGUCGACUCGACCAAAAAUCUCCCUUAUUGUUGCUGCUCUCCAGCCCUCUAUGGGAAUUGGAGCCAAAGGCUCACUUCCGUGGCGUCUCAAAAACGAAAUGAAGUAUUUCAAGGACGUCACCUCCAAAGCUAAAGAUGGACAUAUAAACGCGGUAGUAAUGGGCAGAAAGACGUGGGAGCUGAUUCCAGAGCGGUUCAGACCGCUUGCAGGGAGAUUGAAUGUUAUUCUAUCGAGAAAGAACGACGAUUUGAUAGAUUCCAAUGGCGUGUACCACUUUAGUUCAUUUGACAGUGUAAUGAAGCAUUUCGAAAAAGACUCUUUCCGUUUUAAAGACAUGCCUCUUGAUAAGAUUUUCAUAAUAGGGGGCUCUCAAAUCUAUAACCUGUUGAUUUUGGACUCGAGAGUAGACAACUUGCUUGUUACACAGGUGCAUUUCGUGGGUGAGGACGCUGACAAGCCCCAGAUGGACACUUUCUUGGACUGGGACCUUUCCAAGUGGAAGCGUCUGGAGCAUGACAAGCUCGAGCAAUAUGUCGGUCUUGACGUUCCGAGGGGAUUGAACGAAGAAGGAAGCUACAACUAUGAGUACACCAUGUGGGAAAAAGCUCAAUAA